CACGAGGCUGGAAAAAACCAACCUUGGAAGCCCAGCCUCAAGCAAGCGGAUACCAUUGAUACCUCAAUAAAUCAACAACGCAACAAAAUUGCCAUGCAAGACUCCAUACCCAUGCCCGUUCCUGCGGCUACCUCCUCAACACCAGCAUCCAUCCUGCCCUCCGACACAAUGAAGGACGUUGUGAUGAGCGACGUGACGCCCGAUCGACCAGCUGUCUGACCCCUCCCCAACUCUGUUAUUGAAGUGGCUAACUUCAGUAUAGUCUCCGGCAAUUGGGGCAAUCGUAAAUGCUCCCAGCCCAGCCCCUCCAAGAACUGGCACACCGGUCCGAAAUACCAAUGGCAACGAUGCUACCUCCCGAGCCACCUCACAACAUGCCGAUCCUGCCCCUACCAUGCCCAAGGAAGCUCCCCCUCAUGGUGCACCUACGAGGCAAUAUUUGAAUGGAAAGGUCACUGGGGUGCUGUUGGAAGGGAUGAAGCAGAUAGCAAAAGAUCAGUACGUGUCAAACAGCAUAGUCAUGAGAGACUUCCGGUGGUCAUGCUAACAGAUUGCAGGCCGAAGGACCCGUUGCGCGUGCUUGGAGAGUAUCUAUUGCAAAGGUCGAAAGAGCUGGAAUCAUUAUGAGCAUGGACCUGAAGAACUGCGAGUACUAUUUUGUCAGACAAUAUACCAUAUGGGUAGGAAUAGGCCGAAUCUGUUGCAUUGGAAUGUCAAAUUUGAGGAGUUCAUCGGUGUUCAGGUUCGUGAGGCAGCUUCUGACGAAAUAAUAACUGGUGCUUUCAAAGACAUUUCGCUAGGUAGACAGAAAAUGGAGAACAUCAAUCACAGGAGUAGUGGGG